GGGAAGGGGAGUGGGUUGAGCUCGCCUGUUCUCCCAUUGUCAGCCAGUCUAUGAGCAGGAUUAGAGUCUGCCACCGGCUAUCAGAGGAGCCUAGAUAAAAGGAACUGCUUCUUAAGCGCCACUGCAGCAGCCCUGGUUAAUUUUUUUUUCCUUUCCACACAACAGUUGUGCCUCAUUAUCCGGUGCCUGGCUCGGAUUUUUUUUUUUUUUUUUUUUUUUUUUUUUUUUGUGUGGAGGUUUUGAAGUUUCUUCAGUGACUGUUACAGAAGAAGAGGUGUUGGUGUUGCGGUGAAGUCUUGCUUGUCUGCUUUUAUGAAUGAAACUGACCUAGGUCACCUGUUACCUCCAGUUUUCAGAUUGUUUGAACUUCUCUGGCCGCACAAUACAGGAGGGAAGCCUGAAGCAGCAGGACCCACUGCGCCUGCAGCAUGGGCUGGCUCACCAGGAUCGCCUGUCUUUUCUGGGGAGUGUUACUUACAGCCAGAGCCAGCUAUCAGAAUGGGAAGAACAAUGUGCCAAGGCUGAAAUUAUCCUACAAAGAAAUGCUGGAAUCCAACAAUGUGAUCACUUUCAACGGCUUGGCCAACAGCUCCAGUUACCAUACCUUCCUUUUGGAUGAGGAACGGAGCAGGCUGUAUGUUGGAGCAAAAGAUCACAUAUUUUCAUUCAACCUGGUUAAUAUCAAGGAUUUUCAAAAGAUUGUGUGGCCAGUAUCUUACACCAGAAGGGAUGAGUGCAAGUGGGCUGGAAAAGAUAUUCUGAAAGAAUGUGCGAAUUUCAUCAAGGUGCUUAAAGCUUAUAAUCAGACUCACUUGUACGCCUGUGGAACGGGGGCUUUUCAUCCGAUUUGCACCUACAUUGAAAUUGGACAUCAUCCUGAGGACAACAUUUUUAAGCUGGAAGAUUCACACUUUGAAAAUGGCCGUGGGAAGAGUCCAUAUGACCCUAAACUGCUGACAGCAUCUCUUUUAAUAGAUGGAGAGUUAUACUCCGGAACGGCAGCUGAUUUUAUGGGCCGAGACUUUGCUAUCUUCCGAACUCUUGGGCACCACCACCCAAUCAGGACAGAGCAGCAUGAUUCCAGGUGGCUCAAUGAUCCAAGGUUCAUUAGUGCCCACCUCAUCCCAGAGAGUGACAACCCUGAAGAUGACAAAGUAUAUUUUUUCUUCCGUGAAAAUGCGAUAGACGGAGAACACACUGGAAAAGCCACUCAUGCUAGAAUAGGUCAGAUAUGCAAGAACGACUUCGGGGGGCACAGAAGUCUGGUGAAUAAAUGGACGACAUUCCUCAAAGCUCGUCUGAUUUGCUCAGUGCCAGGUCCAAAUGGCAUUGACACUCACUUUGAUGAACUUCAGGAUAUAUUCCUAAUGAAUUCUAAAGAUCCUAAAAAUCCAAUUGUAUAUGGAGUGUUUACAACUUCCAGUAACAUCUUCAAGGGGUCAGCUGUGUGUAUGUAUAGCAUGAGUGAUGUGAGAAGGGUGUUCCUUGGUCCAUAUGCUCACAGGGAUGGUCCCAACUAUCAGUGGGUGCCUUAUCAAGGACGAGUCCCCUACCCACGACCAGGAACUUGUCCCAGCAAAACAUUUGGUGGAUUUGACUCUACCAAAGACCUUCCUGACGAUGUUAUAACAUUUGCAAGAAGUCAUCCAGCCAUGUACAAUCCAGUGUUUCCUAUUAAUAACCGCCCAAUAAUGGUCAAAACAGAUGUAAAUUAUCAGUUUACACAAAUUGUAGUGGAUCGAGUGGAUGCAGAAGAUGGCCAGUAUGAUGUCAUGUUUAUUGGAACAGAUGUCGGAACCGUUCUUAAAGUGGUUUCAAUUCCUAAAGAGACUUGGCAUGAUUUAGAAGAAGUUCUGCUGGAAGAAAUGGCAGUUUUUCGGGAACCAACUACUAUUUCAGCAAUGGAGCUUUCCACUAAGCAGCAACAGCUCUAUAUUGGCUCCAUGGCGGGGGUUGCCCAGCUGCCUCUGCACCGGUGUGACAUCUACGGGAAAGCCUGUGCGGAGUGCUGCCUCGCCCGAGACCCUUACUGUGCCUGGGAUGGCUCCUCCUGCUCUCGCUAUUUUCCUACUGCAAAGAGACGCACAAGACGACAAGAUAUACGAAAUGGGGACCCGCUAACUCACUGUUCAGACUUACAACACCAUGAUAAGCACCAUGGCCACAGCCUUGAAGAAAGAAUCAUCUACGGGGUAGAAAACAGCAGCACGUUCCUGGAAUGCAGCCCAAAGUCACAGCGAGCUCUGGUCUAUUGGCAGUUCCAGAGGCGAAAUGAAGAGCGAAAAGAAGAGAUUAGAGUGGACGAUCACAUCAUCAGGACAGAACAAGGCCUUCUCCUGCGUAGUCUACAGCGGAAGAAUUCAGGCAACUACCUGUGUCAUGCCGUGGAACACGGAUUCAUGCAAACUCUUCUUAAAGUGACCCUGGAAGUCAUUGACACAGAGCAUUUGGAAGAACUUCUUCAUAAAGAUGAUAAUGGAGAUGGCCCUAAGACCAAAGAAAUGUCCAACAGCAUGACACCUAGCCAGAAGGUCUGGUACAGAGACUUCAUGCAGCUCAUCAACCACCCCAACCUGAACACAAUGGAUGAGUUCUGUGAACAAGUUUGGAAAAGGGACCGAAAACAACGUCGGCAAAGGCCAGGACAUGCCCAAGGGAACAGUAACAAAUGGAAGCAUUUACAGGAAAAUAAGAAAGGUAGAAACAGGAGGACCCACGAAUUUGAGAGGGCACCCAGAAGUGUCUGAGUUUCAUUACCUCUAGAAACCUCAAACCAGUAGAAACUUGCUUAAGACAGUAACUGGAAAAAAUGCAAUAUACAUGAACUUUUUUCAUGGCAUUAUGUGGAUGUUUACAACGGUGGGAAAUGCAACUGAGUUCCACCAAUUAUAAAUUAAGUCCAUGAGUAACUUUCCUAACAGGCUUUCUUCCUAAUGCCAACACAUAAUAGAGGUCAGGUGAACACAGAUGUUCCCUGUAGCAGUCUUAACGUUUCCUAUGGGAUUUCACUGUACAGGUUUUGCUUUCUUUGCCUGAGAAAUAAAAAUGUCAUUUGCCAUAUUGCCAUAUAAAGAAGAAAAAUUGCAUCAGCAAAGCCAUUUUAUUUAACUAAAACUUUAAAAUAAACUGCAUGGAUUUACUAAGCUGAUGAAUAUUCCAAAACGUGGUUGGAUUCAUGGAUAUUUCUGUCUACCAGCACUCCCGUUUAUAUGUACUGGAGGAGUAAAAUGAUACUGAAUGAAAUGGUCUGUGGAAAUAUGAAAAACAUAAACCAUCCAUCAUCCAGAAGAAAAAUGGAAUACACUGAUCUACUACUGAUGUCUUCUUUCAGCUUUGAUCUAAAGAUGUAUUUUAUUAAAACUAUAAUUUAAAUGUACCAUGACAAAUAUGCAGUAAAAUUUAGCUCUUUCCUAAGCUAGAGUAGGUUUUUGUCUUACAAUUAUUGUGCUAUAUAGUUUUUGCUUUAAAAAUACCAAUUCUGUGCUGCUUUCUAUUUCAAAAUUUUGUUUUCUGUUCUGCAAGAAGGAGAGCCAAUAAUACUGUUUUAGAAAUAUAUACACAUCAUUAGAAGUUAAUUCCUAAAACCUGGAUAAAUUAUGUUUUAUUUUUCUGGGAUUUCAAACAAAUAACACGUCUCCUUCUUUAAGUAUUAUCUAAAUUAAUUUUAACCUGCAUAAUGUUCUUGGAAAAACAGAACAAUUAAUCCCCCCCAAAAAGGGAAGAAAAAAAUGAUAUAUUAAAUGCAUUUUGUUGUAUCUAAUGAAUAAAUGAGGGGAAAAGGAGCUGCAUAUUUCUUAAAAUUAAUAAGCAUUAUCUUAAUAUAAUAUUAAUAGAAAAUGUCUCUUAAUUCUGAGCUUGAAUCCCUGCAUGAUAUUUGAGACAUAAGAACUCUCUCUCAUGAUUCCAUUAGGAAUUAUACCUGUGCCACCUAAUAUUUUUUUUAAAAGAGAAAUCAGUAAUAUUAAGAACACUAUCUUAAAAGCAAAUUUCUUAACUCUGUUUACGUCUGUAUCAACUGCCUCUUAUUUCUCAUUAAUACAGUUAUGUCUAAAGAACAUUAAUUCUUUUCAUGUCAGUGGUAGUGACUUUUAUACAAACUGUUUUCCAGGACACAAUCCACACUUAAAACAUGUAAAACUCUUUGUCUCUUGCAACAACUUAUAAAAGAAGGUAAUGAUUGUUAACUAAGCACUUGCCUGCUUUAUUGUCCUAAGAUGAUUCCUUGAGAGUCAUUGACUUCAAGGCACAUAGAACCAUGAGCAUUACAGUAAUUUCUUUUGCACUGCAUUCCCCUUGCCAGAAAUCCCUCCAUAAGCCCUUCAACAUGCACAAAAAUGCAAAAGAAGCAUCCUAUUGCUACUUAAUGAGAGCAGCACUGAAAUUCUAACUCUGCCUUGGGAUUCUAAUGAACUCAGCUUUAACUUCUCACCUCCGACUACAGUGAAUUUUCUAAAAUUUCUCUAUCAGCUGAAAGUUUUCACAGACUGGAGCUCAUGUUACAGUUUUAAUGAUUAUGUUGAAUAAACAAUUUGUUGACACUUGUUUCGAAUGAAAGCCUAAAAAUAUUCAACAAUUUUAGGCUCCAUUGAUGAAUACAGUAUUACUUUUAGAAGUACAUCCUCUAAUGCUAUCUGAAUUUUAAAUUAUUUGAAGAACACACUCAUAUAGAGAGAAAAAAAGUGUAAAAGGUAAAUCAAAGAACAAAGAGUAUUCCACAAAUAGGUCGUUCUUUUAUUUUUAUAGAGUACCUUAACUGUACUAAAAUUCGGUGUUGCAUUUCAUUCUAUAUUUGCAACUGAAACAAAUUUAUUCUCAAUAACAAAAGUAUCUUAUUUCUUAUUAGUCUUCAAAAAUAAAAGAUUUGAAGGGCUAGAGAUAAUAAUUUCAGGAUGUCUUCCAAUAUCUAAAUGUAUUUUGUUUAGCAUUGUGAAAUACCCAUGGAAAGAAAGUCUAGACUUUAAAAGAAAUAAAAACUAACCAAUCUAUUGGCAUGUCUUUAUAAGCCAUCAGGUCUAAGUUUUCAAAGAAAAUUAUGGAUAUAACUUGCAGGUAAAUAACUUAUUACAGUUACAAUCUUCUGCCAAUGUGUACUGACAGGGGACAGGUUGCACGAAAAAUAAUGUCCCAUUCAAUUUAGCUUGAUAGACUGAUAUAUGCAUGAAUCAUCAGAGUUGAAACCAAGUUAAGAGACUCCUGUGUCCUUAAGCAAAUUAUGAUGGCAGUCUUAAGGUGGGCAAAGUGUACAUUGCAGCAGAGAAUUAUGGCCCAGUUGAAAUGAAAUGUAAAAUGUAAAUGCAUGUAAAUGCACAUUUAAUAGUACUUUUUAUGUAUUACUUAGUGAUUUUCAAUGGUAUGUGCUUAAUAUUUUUGCUACCUACACAUUAGGCAAAGAGAUGUAAAUAAUUUUGAAAAGAAGACGAGUGUACAAUGCAACAUUGUAGAGGUACUCUAUUUCAGUGUGUUCAACAUCCCCCAAAAAUGCCAGAAUUCCCACCCGGGUGACAAGGUGGUUUAAGUGCUAUUUAAGGGCAGGAGGUGUGUGCCCACUCAGUAAGCAUGUUUUUUUCCAGGUAGUACACAUGUUCCAUAUCUGUAUUUAUCAUUGCAUUUCAGAUGGGAACUACAAAACUGGAAAGAAAAUGUAAUGAAACUGCUGCUGUAAAUUAUUCCUUUCGGCAUGUAUUCAGUUGCUAAAUACACAUUUCUUCAAAACAUUUGAA